AUCCGGAAGUUGUGAAAAACGUAUUACACGCGGUAUUAUUAGCAAAUCUAUGAUUACACGUCGUAUUUUUAUGUUUAUCGACAUUGUCACUGUUGUACGGUGUACUUAAGAUACGCAGGGAACCAGAGAUUAGUCGCGGCUGCGAGCAAAUAACCGCUCAUGUCGAAAACUGCCUUAAAGACUACACCGACCACAGGCCAUUGCGACAUGCGGACAUUCCCCUACUGCGCAUGCGCGCGGUGGUUGUUGUCAGCGGUGGUUAUGGAGAUGAAAUGGCAAUGCGAGCUGACAGCUCCACGGUGGUGUUCGCGUGUCUAUUAGAGGGAUGCCCAGGAAGAUAGGUUUCGUUGUGGUCAACUCUUCAAGUCACGAGGACAACUUCACUGCCAAGGAGCUGAUGGUCCAUGCACCCGCAGCCAAUGGCUGGAGAUCCAGCAGGCUGUGCUCGUACCCUCAACACGUCACCCUCCAGCUGGUGGAGAGAAGUAGGGUGAGGAAGCUGCAGCUGCUCGCCCACCAGUACCUGAUCCCAGCCAAGGUGGAGUUCCACAUUGGAGACACCCUGCCUGAAGCCAGCACUGCCGGGUUCCCAGGGCAGCUUCGUAGACUCGGGUACGUGUCUCUGUCAGACAACGAGAAGACAGGCUUCAAAGCUCGCGAGCUGAAGUCGGUCCACGUAGACGCCGUCGGAACGUACCUGAGAAUAACCUUUCAUACAAACCAUGUCAACGGUUACAACCACCACAAUCAGGUUGCUUUGGUUGCCAUUAAUGUCCUGGGAGAUUCUUGGGAUGGCAAUGCUUUUAACACAACUCCAAGCCGAGAGCAGCUGAUCGAACACUACCUCAAUAGCACUCAGCUGGAAGCCGCCUUGGACACAACCUUCAUGGGAUCAUGUGAGUCCUUCUCCCCCUUCGAUGACCUCGCCUUCGAAAUGUACCAGGACCCCGAGGUCGCUCACAUCAUCCGCCUCAUGGACCAACAGAAGCAGGACAUGGUCCAGCAGGAGAAAUACGAGCAGGCCAAGAAUCUGAAGCAAGCCAUCGCUGACCUGCAAAAGGUAGGGGAGCGUUUGGCUCGAUAUGACGUGGAGAAGCGAUGUGCCAUAGAAAAGGAAGACUAUGACCUUGCCAAGAAGAAGAAGGAGCUGAUGGAAGAGUACAGGAGGAGCGUCUACCAGCAGCUGGAGGUCCACAACCUGCUGGACAUGACAAUGAUCAUGGGGUCAACACAUUCAUCCCCACUCCAGGAUCCUCCCCCCGCUCUGCCUUCUCCCGGUCACCGCUUAGUCCCCGCCAAGCCCCUUGAGUCCACAGACACAUUCAGGAAGGACAAAAAAACAAACACGCCUCAGGAUCAACAGUCUGCCACAAAAACGGUCAUGCCCAAACUAAGCAGCCAACCUGACACCCCCUGCACCCCUGCUGCUGUACCCAAGUUAGAUUUUACCAGUAUGCCUUAUGAUGAGAGGCCUCUGCCAGCCCUUCAGAAGAGAGACCAGCCAAUGGAGGCCACCCGGAGCCCUGCAGAGCAGCAACCCGCCGAAGCUCACAGGAGUCCACCAGGCCCCGAGAUGAGCGGAGAGCCUGAGCCCCUCACAGAGAGAGCCCAGAGAGAGGCUGGCCUUGCCGUAGAUGUUUAUGGAGAAAGCCUGGUGGCUGGGGCAUAUUCCAAAUCCUGGUCCCACAGAGAGGAUGCUCUGCUGGCUGUGCACAAGAGGCUUCUGGAGGCAUCUCCCACCGCCCCCAAGGAGGAGCUGAGAAACAUGUUAAGAGCUGCAGUCUUCCUGGUUAAGAAGGCCCUCCAGGAUAAAGUAUCAUCGGUUUUCCAGGCCUCCUUGACGCUGCUGCGGCUAAUGCUGAGCCAGCUGAUCCCAGAUCUGGGCUUGGGCCGCCCUGAGGCGAUCCACUGCUUCGAGCAGACCUGGCCCAACCUGCUUGCCAGGACUGGAGACUCGGCCGGCCGCCCUCGGGCCACGGUCACUGCCUUCAUACAGGAAAUUGCCGUUUUAAAGGACGUUCGGGCCCUGCAGGUCGUCCCCGCCGAGCUUGUGCAGCCCCUCAAAUCCAACUUCCCCUCUCGCCUGGCUCAGAGUCGCACCGAGCUGCUGGAGAAACUUCUCACUGAACUGGGCACAGAGAACUCUGGCUUCACCCUGGACAACGUCAUGACGUUCUGUACAGCGGCGUUGGAGCACAGUGCAUCGACGGUCCGAGAGCCGGCCGUGCGCAUCAUACUAUCCAUGUACCGGCAGCACAGAGCUGCUGCCCUCAGCUACCUUCCACCCAACGACGCCGCUGCACGGAAGAACUUCCUCUACAAAACCCUCUUUGACGGCUUCGCUAAGAUUGAUGGAAAGCUGGUAGGGACUCAGACUUUGAAUACGGGAGGUGGUCAGCAGGAGGGGCAAAAGGAGAAGGAGGAGAUCCACUCUCUUCAGGAGCAGCUGGCUGCCUUGAAAGAGAUCACAGAGAGAGGCGAUGAGAGCAGCAAAGGACAAGUGGCCAAGAGCGACGCCCCUAAAGUCGAGAAAGAAGCCCGAAAAGCUCUCACAGCAAGUGCCACAAAAGUGGCCCAGAACAAGAUAACAGACAAAGUAGACGUCCACCAAUCUGUCAACCAUCUGGACAACUUGUGCGUAUUCUGCGGUAAAAAGGACGAGUCAUUUACAGAAGAUGGAUUAGACCUUCAUUACUGGAAACACUGUCCGAUGCUGCGAUGCUGCGAUGAAUGUAGACAGGUCGUGGAGAUAGCCAGCCUCACAGAGCACCUCCUGGGAGAGUGUGAAAGCCAUUCCAAGUUCGGCCAGUGUCCGCGCUGCUCAGAGGCAGUGGCCACUGAAGACCUGACUCGCCAUGUCCAGGGUCCCUCCUGCAACCCCCUCAUCUCCGGUAAAGGCUCCAACCACUGUCCUUUGUGUCACAACAACUUCAUGCCCGGAGAGGAGGCCUGGAAGGCUCACCUCAUGGGCAGGGAGGGCUGUAAACAAAACUCACGCCGGACUGCGGUGUCCCAGAGAACCCAGCCAGCACAAGGCAGGGCUGUCGGCAGUGCUAAGCUGACGCAGGCCUGGUCGGUCGGGGCCAGAGGCAGACCGGCUAUUGGCAGAGGCAGCCGUAUCCCAGCCCUGGCACCGCUGGCCAGAGGACAUUCGCCAGGGAAGCGGUGAAGCUGCUUCAAAGCACCUUGGGGACGUCCCAGCAUCACUGUAGUAACUCCACCCCCGCUCCCACAUUUCCCCGUUCCCAUGUUCCCGCAUACAGGCACUUUUAGAAAAGCCGUGGGCUAGGCUUCAGAUGCGUUCGCUGACAAAUGCAACAGGACUUUGGAGGCCAGUACCAAUUUAAGUUUGAAGUCAUCAAUAUGCUAAAAAGAAGGAAUACACCAGUCUUAUUCACUUAUGUAGAGACUGACAUUAUAACAUGGUAUUGUAUUCACUUACUUAGAUUUACCUUAUUAGCACAAAUUAAACUCCUGUCAUGUAAAGUACGGUGACAGAGAAGAGACAGCUGGACUCUCUUGUCUCUGCGUCAAGACUGUGGCAUCUAGUGAACGUCUGGGUGCAACCAACAGCAUCUCCUUGUCCUGGUCCCGUUUGUCUUUUGAAUAUACACUUCUUACAAACUCCACACCCUCAGUUUCCAGCACAGGCUUUUCGGUUAUUAAUGCGCGGUCUCCCAGGCCCAAGUUGAUGACAUCACCAUGACAUCAUCAGGGUUAUUUUCUCAGACUUGACAGAGCACCUCCACAGCCACACGAGGCAUGAUGACAAGUGUACUGCAGGCUAGUGAACUCUCCGUUGCAGUCCAGGGGUUUAAAUAAAACUAAAAUAUAUACUCAUGAUCACUGUUUUACAGUGGCCCUGUAGUACAAAGACCAACGACGAAUGGGAAAACCGCAAUUGCAAAUAAAAGAACAGUGACAAAUUUAAAAAACACAACAACAAAUAAGAAAACUGUGUUUUUCCAAUUCGUCGUUGUGAUUUGCACUUCAGUGCCACCGUACUUUGUAGAAUCUUUGUCAAGGUUGUAGGUUGAGAGCUCCCAACACAGACAACCAGUGCGGCAUCAAUCAAUUCUUCAGUGAAAAGGUAAUCGAUCACCGAGUCUCAGCCAGAGACGACGACACUGCUUGAUACCUAGAAACACUCAUCUCCUUGUUAAGGCAGUAAUGAGAGGAGGGAAGAGGCUGAGGUUUAGUUUCAGGCACAAGAUUUUCUUCCCUCUGCCACAUUCCUGUGCACAAUGCCUCGGUCCUAAAGCAAUCAUCGACCCGGUGUGGCUUUACUGUCGGCUUCACACUUUUGACAACAGUUCGCAUUUUUCUUUUCUUUCUUUUUUUUCUGUUUCUAUCAGGAAUCGUCGCACUUUGCCAAAGUGAAUAAUGCUUCAUUGCUGAGUUCAAAAACAGUUUAGACCCUAAUUUAUUCUUCCUCUUAAUGCCUACUGACAAUCUUGAGCAAGAUGGCAGUUUUCUAAGCUGUUUCACUAUUUUAACUGCACAAAUUGGAUGGACAUGAAUGUACGAUAUGUGACAGUGUGGAUGUGACAUUGGCCGACCCCCCAAAAUCUCAAGCGCUUCAGUGGCUUUAAACAGACUUUUAUCCCCAAUUUCCAGUUUAAGAAAGAAGACGGUUAACAUGUAAGAGUUCAGGUUGAUCACUAUAAUUUCACUACUAAUGUACUACACAGUGUUAUGACAGUGUCGAUUGUUAUAUAUCCAUGGUCCAUGGACAGAAAGAACAUACAUGUGAGUCUCUGAACUAACAGAAGCGUCCUGGAGGCGAAACAAUUGGAGGCGGUGUCUGAUUUCUUUGAAUGCACAAAUUAUAAUGACGUUUUUAUCAUACACGAUAGCGGCGAAUGUCGCAUUGCUGGACAAAGAGACAUUUUCAAACAGCUGAUACAUAAAAGAGUAAAAAAAAUGGUUUUCCACUCUCCCAAUCAAUCAUAUUGGCUUUAAUGUGCUUCCGUAUUGAGGUGUAGUGCAACAAUGGAUAUGUGUUUUUGUCUUUUUAAGUGCAUAUAACUGGCUAUUUUUUUUUCUCAGCAAAUGUAUCUGUAUUUUGCUUAAAUAAAGCGUCGCAGAUGUGAUUUCACGUGA